UCACGGCUCGCGCUGCGUGCGGAUCUUCAGCACUAAACUAGACGGAAUAUUUGCGCAAAUGCCACUGGACUCCGUUUUCUGCAACAAACACUCGAAGGGGAAUGCCGUGAAAAGCAGUGGACAUCUCAGAAGACAGAGAGGGAAAAUGCUUUCAAUCAGUUGGGGACUUUGAUGUUGUGUACAGCCCCCGGAGAAGACACAGGUGGUACUCCAAAGGGAUUAUGCCCACUGUCCGACAAUGUUGCUACCCUCAGGUUGGCUGCUUCGGCAUUCUGUGGUCAUGUGGUUACUGUUUCACAGCUUUGUGCUGAUGACACUGUGUUUCCACCAUGCUGCAACGUCUUGCUCCAAAGGAUGCUACUGUUCAGACAGUGAGGGCUCAUUUGAUGGUAAAACUAUGCGUUGCAGCAACCUGCACCUCACUGAGAUCCCUCAGGACAUUCCUAAUGACACACGACGCCUCUACCUGGACUACAACCUACUAACCAGCAUCCCUGCCAAUGCUUUUCAUGAUCUUCCACUUCUAGCUGAGCUCGAUCUUUCCCAUAAUGAACUGUCUUUGCUUGAACCUGGAGCCUUUAGAGGCUUAACAGCCUCUCUAAAGUUUCUGGAUUUGUCAUCCAACCAGCUUAAGACUCUGGACCCUGAUGCCUUUGACAGUGUUCGAGCAAGAUCUAACCUCACUGGAAACCCCUGGCACUGUGACUGUAGGCUGCAGACAGCCCUUCCUCGUCUGGACCUAGAGCCUGUUUCUUUGACUGGUAUUGUCUGCCAGACAUUUGAACCCUCAGACGCUGGAGCCCAAGGUGUGCCUUUCCUGCUGGCCAAAGACCUGGACCUGUGUGUGGUGCUCAAAAAGACCACGGAUGUGGCCAUGUUGGUGACCAUGUUUGGAUGGUUCACCAUGGUCAUCUCCUACCUGGUCUACUAUGUGAGACACAAUCAGGAAGAUGCCAGGCGCCACCUGGAGUAUCUCAAGUCUCUGCCCAGCAGGCAGGGCAAGUCUGAGGAGUCUUCCACCAUCAGCACUGUGGUAUAGCGCCAGACCAAGUGCUCAUGAGAUGUGGGGGAAGCUUCUCAGGCUGCCAAAUGGCAAUGGGCACACUGGGCAACCUGUCUCUAAAGAAUAAAUCAGAUUAAACCUUUUGGAAAUGUCUUUCUACUCCUGGAAUCAAAGACAACACAUUACUACUCAGGAUUGAUCAGCACCCUCCCAAAGAGCCAGGAAGAAAAUCUUAUAUAGGAUCUAUAAAAUCUUGGCCAGUAGUCAAUUGUCCACAACUAGAAAAUGUGAAACAGAUGAUGCAGAGGGAGAAACCCUCCACAUGCUGAUGGACAGGGAUGGCUAGAGACAGAAGAAGGGAAAUCACAGGGGCCAUCUAAUCCAAUUCAGAUGAAUAAUUGAUUCAGAAAUGGCCAAGCUUGAGGCUCAUCUUGACUAAGAGGUUUGUCUGCUCGGCACGCUUUUAAAGGAGGCGUUGUGUUUUUUCUUUUCUCUGUAAGAUCCCCAUUUGGCAGGCAACGCAUGGAGCAUAAAGCACUCGUACUGGGUAUUUACAAAAAGUGCUGUUAUUGUCCCUGCAGGAAACAUCAAAUUUUUACAGAGCAACACAUUCUUGCAUGCAUCAAUGAUUUUUCAGCAGUAUCAGUGAACAUAGUAUACAAACUGUGCAAAAAUAUAAAGCACUGUGGUUUGCUUCGAUUCUCAGUGGCUGGGUUUUUAUGGGAGCACAGCAAAUGGUGAGAUUUUUAACGAGUUCUGCAGCAGUAAUGACGUUGUGACUUGAAAAAUCAGGUUGGCUUGUUAUUUUCGUGAUCAGCCAAGUAAGAUAAAUCACUGUUAAAGUCGUUCUUAGCGGGGGAUGGGCGGAAUAUAAAAAGCGUUUCCUUAAAUCUUUAAGAUAAUGAGAAUAUGUUGACCGCCGCAUGGUGUGUUUGCACUGUAAACUGGAGCUUUUGUACGUUACAUACAAUAGUUGUAUUUGUUCAGUUUCUUAUGUGGAGUGCCAGGAAGAAUAAUUCAGAAUGUCUGCCAAGAUCAGUCAGUUAAAAUCGACCUCAGCCUGUGUGAUUUAAUAGCUUCAAAUCUUGGUCACACCAUCAAAUUUAGACAUAGAGAUUUAUCCUAUUCAAAAGUCUUUGAUGGAUAUGUCAUGGAAUUCAUCAGAAUAGUCCAAAGUCUAAUGUGAUGUCUACCAAGUCAUUUUAAGGUACCAUAUGUCCAUAGUUAUAAUUGUGUGUAAACAUUACAAGACAGAUCACUCGGUUAGUCAGCUGAAAUUCAGGUGCGGUUGUAAGUGUGCACAUAAGCAUUGGGUUAAUAUAAAAGAAAGAAAGAAAGAAAGAAAGA